CCAUGGCUUCUGCGGUGGGCGCUGCGCUGGUUCUCGCGGUCCUGGCUCAGCUCCCGCCUCUCUUUCUUUGCGCGGCGCCGGCCGGUUUGUCGCGGGAUGGAACUUUCGGCACUCACUCUCUCUGCUAUGACUUCACCGUCAAUCCUAACCCUGCACCUGGACAGCAGUGGUGUACAGCUCGAGCCCAGGUCGAUCAGAAGACCUUUCUCUCCUAUGACUGUGGCAUGGACAAGGUCAAAUCCUUGAGUGCCCUGGGAGGGAAGGUGAAUGCCACAGUCACCUGGGAAGAGCAGAACACCGCACUGAGAGAUAUGGGGCAAAUGCUAAAACAGAAACUGGCUGACAUUAAAGCAGAAAAUCCCAGAGCCAGGGAUUUCCCCAUCCUGGAGGGCAGGAUGUCUUGUCAGCUUCAAUCCAGUGGAGCCACCAGCGGGUCCUGGCAGUUUGGCUUCAAUGGACAGAUGAGGCUGCGCUUUGACUCAGACAACCGAAGGUGGACAGAGGUUCAUCCUGGAUCCAACUGGAUGAAAGAAAAGUGGGAAAAGGACAGGGAGGUGACCGAGUUCUUACACAGGUCCUCUAAGGGUGACUGUAGAGCCUGGCUUGUGAAGUUCUUGGAACACUGGAAGGCCGAGCUGGAGCCAACAGGACCCUCAAGCACCACCACAGACACAACCUUUCAGAAGUCCGCAGCCAGCACUCUUAUUCCUCUGACCCUGCCAUGGAUCCUCACCUGCUUCAUCAAAUGGGCAUCCAGCAGUUCCACUUGACAGGUUGAAGAUGCUCCCAAGAAACUUCUGGAAAUGUGAUUCAGUUAAGUGACUCUCCUGGUUGGUCAUCUGCCAGUCUACCACCUGCUAUUCCUCCGUAGAGCAAACGAAGAUAGAACAGCGAAUCCAGAGGCCUCCAAGAUGUCAGUCAGACUUUCCCACACAGCCUGGAGCUCUUCUGCUUAUUCAGGUCUAGGUAGGAUUUGGAAGAGAUAGUGUAGUUCACUUGUGGGAACACCAUGAGCCCAUACCCUACUUCUACAAGUGUUGGACCAUCCUGACUGCUGCUUUCUCUCUCCUGUCCAUUGUAGCAAUGACACUCACCUUUCCUUUGCAACCUUUGGCCUUGGGCACCCAGGAUCUGAUUAUCCCCAUGAAAAUCAUGUAACAUCAAGUUCAACUUCCAGCUCUUUAUUCUGUUUUGUGGUAUUCUAAUUCUGCACUUUUUGUUAAGAUGUUAGGUCAUGUCCUUUGCUACCUAUGGAAUUGUGCUCUUAGCCUCUGGUAGAGCAAGAAAUUCAAUAUUUCAUCUUGGUCAAAUACUUCUCUGCACUUUGAGCUGCCCUUUGUAUAGUUUGGAUCUGGAAUGUCCCCCAAAGAUUCAUGUGCUGACUAUGGUGCUUUUAAAUGUGAUGCAAUCUUUAGGAGAGGAGGCAUAGAGUCACUCUUUGAAGGGCUAUUUAUGUCCCAGGCCCCUACCCCCCUCCUCGUUAAAAAGAAUAAAUUUUUGUUAUCAUUAUUUAUCAUUGCAAUAUGGUGCAAUAUUGUCUGUUAAGUACCAUGGCAGACAACAUUUUUAACAUCAGCGACUCUUUGUAUGUUUUAUUGUAUUUAAAUAAACAUCUGUG